AUGAAAGUCCCAAAGUGUGAAUAUUCUAGUGAUUGUGAGAAAAUUGCUUUUUUGGUGAAGAGCACCCCAGAAAGUCUUCAUAAUGAAGACUUGUUUGUGUGUUCAAAGUGUUUGAACUCCAGAUUCGCUUCAGAACCAAUCGUUCAGAUUCCUAACCCAGGAGACGUUCUACACUGAUUAGAAGCAACCGAACACAAUCUGAUGAGGAUUGACCAUUUCAGGGAGUGGCAUAACCUCGACAAAUUAUGGAUUAAACUUUUGCCAGAACUGAAAGACUAUAAGGAUACACAUGCACAGCUCAACAAUGACUUGGCUUCAGCAAAGGCUACCAAUGGCUGGGACAGACUCCCUUAUCUUCAUGUUGAAGCCAGGACUCUUCUUGAGACUGUGCUGGAGUCUCGUCUCUGGAAAGAAUACUGCAAAGAAGACAGCAUCAGACAGUUCAGAGACAACCAGUACUGGACCAGAAAGAUGUACAGUGCUUCCAAGAAGUGGGUCAACGGGCAAAUGGUCAAGCUGAAGGAUUAUCUUACUGAAACCAGAUAUGGAGAGCUCAAGGAAGAGCAUAAAAAGCUAAAGAAACAGUACGAACAGAAAAGUAAACUGUGAGGUGAGAAGCAACAGGAGAUUGGUCAUCAGAUGAGAAAGCUCCAGACUCAAGACUUGAAAAUAUUAAGUUUAAGCAGUGAAGCUACUCAUAACAAGGAAAAACUUGAGAAUGUAGAACAGAUUAUGAUAGAGCAAGAAAAUAGUUUAUCGUAAGAACUCAAUCAAAAGAUAUCUUCGUUAUUGUUAGAAUAAAGAAUUAUACCCUUGUAGUAAACAAGCCAGAUAGCUUUGUUUGGUCUUUACAGCUUUGCUCUUGUUAGCUAUUUUUAAAGAAUUUGUGAUAAAAUUCAUAACAACAGCUCAGAAUUGUUACAAACUGUUUUAAAUUUUAGAGAGGUUAGAGCAAAGCAGGAACAAGCAAAGAACAAGCUUAAUGAAGACUUAGAAGCUAUAACUCUGGCAAAAGCCAAGCUCGAGAAGAAGAGAGCCAAGGACAAGGAAAAAAUAAAAUUUUUGACAGAAGAACU